GUUUCAGGUGGAAUUUGACAGCCGUGAACUUCCAACGUACUGGGAAGUGCUCUAUCUGGAAUUUUCGCAAUCUGAUGAGCAGACAAUGUCCGUUGAGGCACAGAUUGUUAACAGAGACAGCCAGACAGCCAGUCCUUUUCGGACAUCCAGACGACCUGGUCAGAUGGUAUCUGGAAUUUGAUGAUAAAUCAUCGAGUUUUUUAUCGAAUUUUUCAUCUUGAAUAAGCAAAAGUUCAAUCUUAAUAAGAUGCUUAACAACUCAUAUGGGCGGUCAGCUAGGCAAAUUUGGGAAGGUCUCGUUUUAUUCAAUUUUAUUCAAAGCGCUGAAUUCUCCGAUGGGCUCAGAUCCACGGCGCUAAGACCUCUCAUUGGUCGUUCACCGCGGCUCGUUCACAGACUUCCUCAAUGUACCAAAAUCCAAAAUCCAAAAUCCAAAAUUAAUUUACAAAGCACUGUUCUUUUGAUUCUAGGUUGAAGAUGAGAAAGGUAUAUAGAGUCUCAGAUCAUGGGUGGUCAAUCUUAUUCAAUAUUAUAAUACUUUCAUCAUUUCACUCUCAAUUUUCAAUACCCUCCCAGCCCUUCAUUUCUAUCCUCAUACAAAUUACUUUUUGUUUUCUGAUACUGGAAACUAAUUGAGACGAUCACAUCACGAGAUAAUGGCCAACCCUCUCAAGAACAUCGUCAUCCUAGGUGGAUCAUAUGCUGGAGUCAGUACAGCACAUAGGAUACUGAAGCAAUCAGCCAAAGCUGGACUCGCCAUCAAGAUCACCUUGGUUUCACCAAACACCCAUGUAUACUGGAAUCUUGCAGCCACACGAGCAAUUGUACCUGGAGAAAUGCCAGAUGAGAAACUUUUCGCAUCCAUAGCUACAGGAUUCAAGCAAUACACUGCUGAUAAAUUCGAAUUUGUUGUCGGUACCGCUGAGGGAUUGGACGUGGAGAACAAAACAGUUGUUGUUUCCGGAGAUAGUGGGAGAUCGAGCUUGAAUUAUGACACUCUUAUCCUCGCCACGGGCUCAAGACCCAAAGAAGAAUCGCCCUUCAAGGGCAAGGGUUCAUAUCAAGAGUCACUUGACUUGUUACAUGAAUGGCAAGCUAAGGUCAAGGAUGCGUCUUCCAUCUAUGUAGCUGGAGCUGGAGCGACAGGUGUCGAAACGGCAGGCGAGUUAGGUUUUGCAUAUGGUUCUUCAAAACAGAUCACUCUGAUUGCAAGUGGCCCUGUUGUACUUGAAGGCACUCCCGCAAGUGUCUCCAAAACAGCCAUGAAACAACUUGAAAACCUCCAAGUCAAGAUCAAAGUAUCCACUAAGGUUUCCGGCACAGCAAAGACACCUGAUGGAAAAACCGAAAUCACAUUAUCGAACGGCGAGAAAAUCAUUGUCGACUUGUAUAUUCCGACCAUGGGUAUCGUCCCAAACUCUUCAUUUAUUCCAGAGAAAUAUCUCAACCCAGCCGGUUUUGCAGUUGUGGACCAGUUCUUGAGGUUGAAGGAUGCUGGAAAUGUGUGGGUCGUGGGCGAUGUGUCUGCUGUUGAACGUGCACAAUAUGUGAAUACCGACAAACAAAGCACCCAUGUUGCGAAGAAUAUUGCAUUGAUAUUGAAGAAUUCCGAGCCAUUAAGCUACAAGGUCGCGGAUAAAAAUAUGUUGGCAGUCCCAGUUGGCAAAAAGGCUGGCACAGGUCACAUGGGAGGAAUGAAAUUCCCUAGCUUUGUAGUCAACAUGGUGAAGGGGAAGACUUUAUUCACUGAGAAGUUGACGCCUAUGGUUAAUGGAUCUGCCUUUUAGACUGGUUGUAUUGGCGUUCCUCUUGCAGAGGAGAUGGAUUUUCAGGCGUUGUGGCAAAUAGGAAAGGGAGAUACCCUUUCUUUCUUUUUCCUACUCAUUAAUAUCUAAUUAUAUUGUUCGUUUCGUUAUGA